AGUGCGCGUUUCCAUGUGCGUAAAACCAAACCUGGAGAGGAGGCGUAGCCUCGUCGGGGCGGUGUUGCGGAUCUGUGGUGGAUUACAAUCGCCGCCCUGAAACAGAUACACACCAUCGAUUCCAGUCUGGUUGACGCAGCGGAUCCUAUACUAACUUUUCCAUUCGCUAUCGGAGCCUCAGUCCGCGCAAUGGUUGGUCUGCCGUAGGGAGACCCAGCAUGGAGGUUUUUGAUAAGGAUCCAGGGAUGUUUUGUUGAAGUUCUGAGCUGGAGAAGAACUGGGAAAGGAAAGUGUAAUGAAGGAUCGUCUGGCUGAGCUGACUGCUAAUAACAACCAAGCAGAGGAAGAUGUUAAUUUUACAGAGGACUGCAGGGACGGUUUUAUGGAGAACUAUUUCAGGAGGGUGGAGGAAGUCAGGGGACUUAUUGAUAAAAUAUCCUACCAAGUGGAGGAGGUGAAAAAGCUGCACAGCAUGAUCCUAUCUGCACCCAACCCAGAUCAUAAUCCUCAGCACACUGUGCUGUCAAGGAAGUUUGUGGAAGUCAUGACCAAAUACAACGAGACCCAAGUGACCUUUAGGGAACGAAGCAAAGGAAGAAUCCAGAGACAGUUGGAGAUCACUGGAAGAAUGACCUCAAAUGAGGAACUCGAGGACAUGCUGGAGAGUGGAAACCCAUCAAUCUUCACAUCUGAUAUAAUUUCUGAUUCCCAAAUCACCCGUCAGGCCUUAAAUGAGAUUGAGUCACGCCACCAGGACAUCAUGCGUCUGGAGUCCAGCAUCAGGGAGCUUCAUGCAAUGUUCAUGGACAUGGCAAUGCUGGUAGAAACUCAGGGGGACAUGGUGAACAAUAUUGAGAAUAAUGUCUCCAAUGCAGCUGAGUACAUCUACCGUGCAAAAGAAGAGACUAAAAAGGCAGUGAGAUACCAGAAGAAAUCACGUAGGAAAUACACCAUCCUUGCCUUUGCUGUGUUGAUCCUGCUUGCUGUCAUUGCGUUAAUUGUUGGCCUGUCUGUUGGACUAACCAAACGCCCUCAAUGAGGCCUCUUGUCUGCGGGAGACAUUUCUCUACCUUGCCUUGUGCGGAGGCUUCCCGCUUGUACUCAUCUCGCUAGCUUGAGUCUAUGGCGUAAUUUCUUUCUUCACAAAGGGCCAUCUCCACAACAAGACCACAGCUCUCCAUUCGGUACCAUUAAAAGAAAGAUUUCCUUAGCACAGAGAUGUAAGUGUAGUUGACAAAAGGCACAUCACACCUAGUAAACUGGAAGCAUAAAGGUCACUACAACAUUACUGGAAAGGGUUCUGCUUCACACUUGCUUGUUUGCAUUUUUUUUACUGUUACAAGGUAUAUAAAAAAAAUGUGUGAUACCUCUUAUAUGUAGUGCAUAACUUUGUGGGAACUGUUCCACUUACUUGAAAAAUAUUUAAUAGGUUAAUUUACCAUUUCCGGAGGUUCACCAAGACCUUGGCACUAAAUCAUUACCAGUAUAUAUUACGAUAGACAGCUGAUCAAUAUCAAUAGAAAGUAUGUCCAAGUAGAUUUUCGGUCUGAAACUCCGAUCCAGGGCUACAUGGUAUUCUGUGGAAUACAGACAGAGGAGCAUGGUUGGUGGUCAGUUUGACCUAAUUUUAAAAGUUAAAAUAAUAACUGGCCUCACCAAAUUGCCAAAAAUGCCUGAAAAAGCAUAUAUUAUAUUAAACGCUGUUCUUUAACCCUGGGGAGGGUCUAGCCUGCCAUAUAAAACCAUUGUUAUGAUAAAUAAUAGCCUUACUGUGGCAGUAAUAGGCUGCAAAUGUGGAAGCACCAUAUACAUGCUGCAUAUGGGACGUGACAGAUAACCGGUUAAAGAUUACAUUCAUACUGGGUUAACGUUACAAUUUUAAUGUGGCCUUCUUCUCCCUCAGGCUUUAUUUCGAAUAGAUAAAGAAAAAAGCAAAAAAUGAUCGAUAUUGACUGAUAUGACAGGCUUAUAUCGUAACACAUUUUUAGCCAUAUUGCACAGCCCUAGGUUGACCUAGGAAGAACAGCUGCUGGCUGAAGCUUCAUUUUUUGGCAAGCGUACAUGAAGGUCUUCAGUCUUUUAAGAUGUUGUUGCAAAACUUGUCAACUUAGCAUGACUAGUUGCAAACUUUAAAAAUGUGAUUUGAAUUUUCAGAAGAUCCAACUGUUGUAACCUUCAUGUAUAAUGUUAAAUUCUAACGUUGUAGUGCCAGCACUUGUUGUCCUCCCACUUUUAUUACUGUUUUAGGUUAGAAAUUUAAAGGUGAAAAAAGAUUUAUUACUUAUGGAUACUUUAGAAUAUGCAAAGAAAAUCUUAAUUAAACUUAAGGGUGUGAUGACUGAAAUUAUCAUGAUAAAAGUGGUGCAUUAAUGCUUUACCUUAAAUCGUUCUUUCAAGAGCGCCCAUUUUAUUUUCUGUGUUUUGUACUUAAAGUGCAUUUCUGAAUGAUGUAAAUAAAAUAUCACAG